AUGACGAGCCCAAAAUCGCCACCGACCAUUAAGCGACUUGAGCAAACGGUGGUCAAUCGUAUCGCCGCAGGCGAGAUCAUUCAUCGACCUGCCAAUGCGUUGAAAGAGCUGAUUGAGAAUUCUUUGGAUGCCGGAUCGACACAGAUUCAGAUCCUGGUCAAAGACGGCGGGUUGAAACUUUUGCAGAUUCAGGACAAUGGUCACGGUAUCCGUCGCGAAGAUAUGGGGAUCGUCUGCGAACGAUUUACGACGAGUAAGCUCAGAAAAUUUGACGAUUUAUCGCAGAUUGCCACGCAUGGAUUUCGUGGUGAAGCGUUGGCGAGUAUUUCGCAUGUCGCUCAUGUCACGAUUACCACGAAAACGGCUGAAUCGAAAUGCGCUUUUCGUGCGACGUAUUCUGAUGGCAAAUUGGUACCACCCAGACCCGGUCAGUCCGCCGAUCCAAAGCCCUGUGCUGGUAAUGACGGCACUCAAAUUACUGCGGAGGACUUGUUCUAUAAUGUGCCAACAAGAAGAAAGGCGCUGAAAUCUCCCAGCGAGGAAUAUAACAGGAUCUUGGAUAUCGUGAGCCGAUAUGCAGUACAUAAUGCAGGUGUGGCAUUCACAUGUAGAAAGCAAGGCACGACGGCAGCGGAUAUACAGACAAUAUCGAGCGCUAGCACGGUUGAUACAAUUCGACAAAUCUAUGGCUCUUCUGUAGCCAACGAACUGCUUCCUGUGGAACGAGAGUUCCCUGAAUUGGAAUUUAAAAUGAGCGCUUAUGUGAGCAAUGCCAAUUACAGCACAAAACGAAUGACACUCCUGCUAUUCAUCAACAAUCGGGCCGUGGAGAGUUCAUCAAUCAAAAAAAUGAUUGAAGGGGUUUACGCCGCUUUGCUUCCAAAGGGGGCUCAUCCGUUUGUAUAUCUUAGUCUGGAAAUCAAUCCCAGAAACGUGGAUGUGAACGUCCAUCCUACCAAGCGCGAGGUUCACUUUUUGAACGAAGAACAUGUGGUCAAUGCGGUUAGCGAUGCAUUUCAAAACCGUUUGGAGAACGCAAACACAUCCCGGACGUUUCUCACCCAGACACUUUUACCUGGUGUACUCGAUAUUCCUGAACCUAGUUCUGCUCCCAAACCGGCCAAAGUCGCCGUCUACAAUACCGUACGCACAGACGGACGAUUGAAUACGCUAGAUACCUUUUUAGAUCCUUCCGUACCGAGUAAACGUUUGCAAUCGACCUCUUCAACGGAUGGCACAAAUAAUGGUCAAGAGCAAGACGACGCUGUCAGUCAAGUCGAUGAACUCAAUAGCCGCGGCAUGACUCCCAAAGUGAAGCGGCCAAGGAUCGAGGUCCGACUAACCAGCGUCUUGAAUCUUCGAAAGGAAGUCAAACGAUCCGAACACACCGGUAUCACGGCUCUAUUUUCCAAUCACACUUUUGUGGGUUGCGUGGAUGAUGCGCUGGCGCUCAUUCAACAUGAACGGAGUUUGUAUCUGGUGAACUAUGCAGUAGCAAGCGAAGAACUUUUUUAUCAAGUGGUGCUGAAUGAAUUCUGCAAUUUUGGUCGAUUGAAUUUAAGCGAGCCCGUGGAUAUUCGAGCCAGUGUGUUGUUAGCGAUUGAGGCGGAAGAACGCAAAGGCAACUUGCCAGAUCAACUUCGAUCGGCGGAUGAGAUUGCAAAGGCUAUCAGUGAUACGAUGGUUUCAAGAGCGGAAAUGUUGGAAGAAUAUUUCUGUAUGACUGUGACAGAAGAUGGUCACUUGAAGAGCUUGCCGAUGCUUCUGAGAGGCUAUAUACCCACGAUGGAUAAAUUACCAAUGUUUCUCUUGCGGUUGGGGACCGAGGUCGAUUGGGAGACAGAGCGCGGAUGUUUCGAAACGCUUGCGCGAGAACUGGCCGUCUUUUUCUGUGCCGAGCCACCGCUUAAAGUGGGAGAAACAGAGGAGGACGAAACCCUGUACAAAGAACAGCAUGAACGGUAUCUGUGGCAAGUGCAGCAUCUUAUUUUCCCUAGCUUUAAAACACACUUUGUCGCCUCGGGAAGACUGGGUAAAAGUGGUGACGAGUCAGGGACGACGAAAUUCAUCACUCAGUUGGCCAAUCUAGCUGAUCUUUACAAGAUCUUUGAACGGUGUUAA